AUGGACGCUUCAUUCCUUCGACUCAUUGGUGACCUUAAACUGAAAUUGAGAAGAUCGGCGAACGAUUUACUGCGAUGGAAGCUUUAUAAUUCUUCAAAAUGGUCCGCUGAGGCACUGUGUGGACUGUGCGAUGAACAAGAAAUCAAUAACAACCAUUCUAAACAAGAACACGUCGAUGAGUCGCCGUUGAAGAACCGACAUAGUUUUCAGAAGCCCAAUACUGAGAAUGGGACACGAGAACAAAUAUCAGCAAACGAUGGGAUGUCAAACGCUGAAUACGACUUAUAUCUUCUUGCGUCGGCUCUUUUUGAUUGCAAAGAAUUCGACAGGUGUGCGUACUACUUAGCAAAUUGCGCUCAUCCAGGACUAUUAUUUCUCAGGCUUUAUAGCAAGCUUUUGUCGUGGGACAAGAAGACACAAGAGAGCGUUGAAAAUAUUAUGACUUUGGAAAGUGGUCUCGACGAAGCGGGACGUUAUUCUAAUGAUAACAAGACACUACAGAAACUGAAAAAGUACGGCCAUCACAAGGGUGAUGAGACAAAGAAAGCGCAGAAAUGCGUUGAUUUGGGUGAUGGAGAUCCAACCAGUAUAUCGAUCCUUUUGAAAGAACUGAACGAUUUUUUGGGAUCUGGAAUCCAAAAAACCGGGCUGGGCAUGGCGCUUUUAUAUUAUUUGCGCGGUGUACUUUAUAAACAUCAAGGGAUUCCAUCCUCUGCAAUAACAUCAUUUUUAACAUCCAUUACCUUAUAUCCCUUUAAUUGGACCUGUUGGACGGAGCUUCUCAAUUGCCUCACAAGACCAGACGAAUCAUUUUUGUUAUUGAAACUGCUGAAUGAAAAAUUCGUGAAAGAAAAUACCGACGAGCUAUUCUUCGAUGGAGAUCAGGUAAUGCUUCGUUUCUUCAAGUUGGCAAUUUUUCAGGAGUUCAGUGGGAACAUUGAUGAGUUUCUGGAGGAAUUGGACUAUCUUCUUAUGGUAUUUCCAAAUUUCGCUUUUUUAAAAACUCAACACGCUCUCAUAAAUUACCACUAUAUGGACUAUCCCAAUGCCGAGUUUAUUUUCGAUCAGGUUAUCAAGUUGGAUCCUUAUCGUUUGGACGAUUUGGAUAUUUACUCGAACAUACUGUACGUUACGCAAAAACCAUCCAAGCUUGCCUACCUCGCUCAGUUUGCAUCCGGUGUCGAUAAGUUUAGAGCUGAAACCUGUUGCAUUAUCGCCAACUAUUAUAGUGCCAAACAGGAGCAUGAAAAAUCGAUAAUGUACUUUAGAAGGGCCCUUUCUUUGAAUAAAAGUUGCACCAGUGCGUGGACUUUAAUGGGCCACGAGUUUGUCGAACUUAAAAACUCACAUGCUGCAAUUGAGUGUUAUCGCCGUGCGGUGGAUAUAAAUGCUCGCGAUUUUAAGGCAUGGUAUGGAUUAGGUCAGGCCUACGAAGUCCUCGACAUGCAUCUGUAUUCACUUUAUUACUUUCAAAAAUCAUGUGCGCUCAAGCCAUUGGAUAAAAGGAUGUGGCAAGCCUUAGCAAGCUGCUACGAUAAGGUCGGUAACUCUCGAGAAGCAAUAAAGUGCUUUAAGAGAGCUUUACAACUGUCUGUCAACCCGGAACAGGAUACCGCGUUGCUAUAUUGUCUUGCGGUCCUUCAUGAAAGACUUGAUGACUUGAAAACUUGUAAGGGAUACAUGGAAAAAUGUGUUGCGGUGGAGACUAAUUUUGAUGGGAUGGUUAAUGAUGAAACUGCAAAAGCCAGGCUGUGGCUGGCCCGCUACGAAUUCAAAGUCAAGAAUUUUGCAACUUCUUAUAAUCUUGCUCUAGGUGUAACGCACGGUACCUCACAAGAGAUUGAAGAAGCAAGAACCAUUGCUCGUGAAUGCCGGCGGCGAAUGGACUAG